AUGAAUAAAGAGGACGCAAUACUUAUUAGUCGAGUGGCUGAUUUGGAAAGGAGAAUGGCGAUGUUUGAAGGAAUGUUCCAUGCACUAAGUGGAAGGCUAGAUCAACAUUUCAAGAAAUAUGACAUAGUAAUGAAUUCUCAACAACAGCAAAUAAUAGAGCUGAAUUCAGUAAUCUCUACACUACUGAACGAUCAAUUUCGACAUGCUGAAAUGAUAAAGGAAAAACUGUCAACAACUAUACAUGGAAUAUCAUCGAUGGAUACUAAUUCGAUUCAUCAAACAGACACUUCAGAUAUAUUUUCCAAUGGAGGUCGACCCUAUGAUGGUAAUAGUAACAUUCCUGCCGAUGUUUUGUUUGAUGACAUAAUAAGUAAUAAUAAGAAUGGAACUACUAAUGCCCCUGUCUCUGCUCAAACGACAGAGAACGCCAUUAAAAAUCAAGGAUUUGCACACCAGGAAACACAAGGAACUACACAACAAGAGGGAGAGCAACCGCGGGCGCCACAAAAUCAGCAACAACCGCAUCAAGGAUACCAGCCAUCGGUAGUUUUCCGAGGGCCAGUAUUAUCGUAUGGUAACUUUAAUCAACUAUCGCACCCUUCUUUAAGUCGGCCUCCCAACUUACUAAAUGAACCAGAGGGUAAUAUCUCGGAAAGCUCCCCAUCAAUAUCUUCAGAGGUGAUAUUCAAUAACAGCUCCAAUAAUAAUGGUAUCGGUAAUAACAAUGGGAAUAACGGUAAAAACGAGCUUCUCACAGCUCGUCAUGAAAUUUCAAAUCAGUCUCUUGAAGAAGAGGAACAAUAUAGAACGAAGAAAGGACACAAAAAGAAAAGAAAAAUAUAUAUAGGCCCCUUCGAGUUCCUAAAAUCACCGAAUUCGGUUUUGGACCUUUGGAAAGAAUACACUGAAGGCAUACAUGGGCAUCCAUCCAUAAAAUAUAUGGAUGCCAUUUACCAGACAAAUUGGAGACGAGAUGCAGCUGUUAAUAGGCGGUAUUCACGAAGGAAAGUGUUAUGGAAAGCAAUAGAAAGUGGAUUGGAAAAGGGAUACAGCCUAGAAAGAGUGGUCGAUAUUUUAGAAAACUGCAGAAUUAUUGAUAGCACAAAAGGUACCAAACAACCGAUUGGCUGGCUAUGCCACAGUAACAAUAUACCAGACAUUCUUAAGGACAGCCUUAAUUAA